AUGGAGAAGACGUCGCAGAUGGAACGAACAGAACCAAAGAAAUUAAACCGAAAAGGUCGACUUGUUACUUUCUACCGCAACGGGGACCCUUUCUCAUCGGGUCUGAUCGUGUCCAUCAGCCAAAAGAGUUUCCCGACCUUAGACUCUUUGUUGGCUUGGCUCAACACCAAAAUUGUGACCACAAAUGGGGUAAAGUUUAUCUUUAGUUAUCCGGAUGGACACGAAGUAAAGAGCGUUUCCGAUUUCCGGGGAGGUUACCUCUACGUUGUCUCGAGCACGCGGACGUUCAACCGAAAUAUAAAGUAUGGCGUAUGCAAAGAACAGCAACAGAUGUGGUCUAACAAGGCGCUAACUGGAGAAAAUAUGAAAAAUGGAGCUGCUAACCCUAAUGUCGUAAAAGGAAGAUCCCGUCAUGGUUCUUUAGGUGGACAGACGCAAUGGCGACCAAGAGUAAUAACAGUAAUCAGCAACACUAAUCGCGAACUUAGGGAAAGGCUUAUUCUUAAUCCGAAAACAACGCAGAACUUCGAAGAACUUCCUCUGUGGAAAGGGCGCCCUGUUAAAGCUCUGUAUACAAUACAACCGCCAUACAUAAAAGUUGAGAGUUACUCGCAGCUCUUCAGAGAUUUUAAGGAUCAUCACACGUUCUUAGCGUGCGGAGAAGAAUUGCCACUUGAACUAAACAAUCAAGCCCUCUCAGAAUCGGAUAGUUCCGGGAUCGAUUCUGUAAAUGGAUUCCAUGAUAUUCGAAUACCAAAAAGAGCACAGAUACACGGGGCAGCUUUGCCCAGCGUUCCACCAAUCAACGAAGACUUAAGUAAAAACCGGAAUGGUGUACCGAAACCAUUUAGUGAUCGUCCUUUUGCACCGAGAACGGGUGCAGUCAGGGUGGAGAUAUUAGGACAAACUCGUGAAUUUUACCCACCAACAGUCUUUGACGCCAUAGAUGAUGGGAGUAAACCUGAUAAGCUACUUACUCUCCAGUGGGUAUAUGGGUACCGCGGCCAUGACACGCGGUAUAACCUUCUAAUUUUACCUUCCACUGGAGAGCUUGUAUAUUACGUAGGCACUGUGGUUGUGAUAUUUGAUAGAGUGAAUGGAAUUCAGAGACAUUACAUGGGCCACACUGAAGACAUCACAUGCCUUGCGAUGCACCCGAAUCAAAAAUGGCUAGCGACAGGGCAACAAGCAGGAAACAGCACCCAACAACAGUUCCAGGCAGCUCAUAUUCGCAUUUGGGACAGCAGGAUGCUGAAUACAUACGCCAUUAUUGGCCUUGGAACUAUGAAGGUUUCAGUGUGUUCCCUCGGAUUCUCCAUUCAGAGUAACGGCGAUUUCCUGCAGGCUGUGGAUGAACAUGAUCUUCAUGUACUCCGGGUUUGGGAUUGGCAAAAUGAGAAACUCAUUGCUCAAACAACGACAACCCCCUAUUCGCAUCUUUAUUUCUGGAAAUUGGCUUGGGACCCCUAUCGCGAGAGACAGGGACGUCUGCUUAGAGACACAAGAAGCGGGCAUUUCGACGACGAGUCGACUCGAAUUUUGACGUGUGUGUGUUUCUCUGCCUUGGGCGAUGUCAUUGUGGGGGAUUCGACCGGUUCCAUAUCUGUGUGGACUCGAGAGGAUGACGAUGAUGAUGAAGAUCUCUUUAUCCUAAACAAAUAUUUUUCUGAUAAUAUCCGUCCAAAACACAAGAACGCCAUCUUUGGAAUGGUCACACUCCAAGACGGAACCUUGCUUACUGCUGCCGGAAGAGAACUCAAAGUUUGGGACACCAUGGACUCAUUCAAACUUAUCAAGGAACGAGUGCUUCCGGAAUCUAUCGGCAAUAUCCGGGCUCUUGUAAUCCAAAAUCCAAGCAGUACAGAUGGCGUGAUAUACCUGGGCACGACAAAAGGCUACAUAUGGGAGGGCUUCCUACAACACAAGUUUACGCCGGUAGUUCAGGGACACAAUCAGAGUGUAAGCGCUGUGACAGUCAUCCAAGGGGAGUCAGCUUUUGUUACGGUUGGAGUUGACCAUUUAGUUAUCAAGUGGUCCAUGGAAAAUCACAAUGUCACCUGGAAAAUAAUGCUUGAGGGUCCGUGCACCUGUGUGAAUAUUGACCCACAAGGAGACAUGCUAAUUGUUGGAACAUCUAUUGGUCGAUUGCAUAUAAUCAAUACUUACGACGGCCUUCCAAUUACUUCUUUACAGAUCAGUACAGAACCAAUCAGCUCUCUUCAGUUUUCGCCAAAUGAAUCAUACUUGGCUGCAGGAAGUCAAGAUGGCAAAAUUACUGUCUUCAAAGUUCUUUACGAUGGACAAUUUUACCGUAAACUCGGAAUCCUUGAUACCUUUAACAUCGCUGUCAGCCAUAUUGACUGGUCAAUGGAUAGCCGCUACAUACAAUCAGAAUCCACCGAUCACGAAUUACAAUAUUGGAAUGUUAUGGAACUAACAAAAGUGAAAUCAGCUCGAGUAAUGAGAGAUGUGGAUUGGGCAAGUCAUACUUGUACACUUGCUUUUACACAUUUAGGGGCCUGGUCGAAUUUGGAUAGCAAUGAAAUCCUUACUACUGUCGGCUGUUUCACUGGAAAGACAACAAAUUACCUAUGCGCCGGUGACAAUAAAGGUCGCUUACGUCUAUACAAAUAUCCAUGUUCUUGUUACAAGGCAAAAUUCAAUGAAGAGAAACAAUGUUCUUCCUCUCUCAUCAACAUUCAGACCCUGGACAGCAAUGGUGGCCUUCUUUCUUCGGGAACGGACGCCUCCCUGAUGCAAUGGGCAAUAGAAAGCGAUGAUGACAAUAUUUAA